AUGUUUGAGAUGUCUGCUCUGGUACUCUUCUCGCAGGCAAUAGGCUGGGUCUAUACCCUCCUCUGGUCCCUGUCCUUCUACCCGCAGAUCUUCCUCAACUACUCACGAGGUUCCGUAAAGGGCUUCUCGCAAGACUUUGCCCAUCUGAACGUCUUAGGGUUUCUCUGCUAUACGAUCUACAAUGCGUCUUUUCUUCUGUCGAGGGAGAUUCAACACGAGUACAGGGAAAGACAUGGAGGCAGGGAGAAUGUGGUGAGGUGGAAUGACGCCAUCUUUGCGGCGCAUGCCUUCACUCUCGCCAGUAUCCAGCUAGGGCAGAGCUAUUGGUACAGCAGUGGAAACACAGUCACCGCUAGCGAAUCCGAAGACCUCGGAGGCAAUGGACGGAGUAACUUUCUCCCUCGGAGACCCUACCGGAGGCUGUCGGGCUUCACGACCCUGUCCCUCAUCUCUCUGCUAGUAGCCAUCUUCCUCUCCUUCCUCUUCUCUUUCCUCCCAAGCCACCCCUUCUCCCUCCAACCUCUAGACUUUGUCAACUUCCUCUCCUAUGUCAAGCUCUACGUCACUCUCGUCAAAUACUUCCCGCAGCUCACGCUCAACUGGAAGAGGAAGAGCACGAGGGGAUUCAGCAUCUCGAAUAUACUCCUCGAUUUUACCGGAGGGGUGCUCAGUCUCGGCCAGCUGCUGCUCGAUGCAGGGAUCAUCAACAAGGAUUGGAGUGCUGUGACCGGGGACUUUGGCAAGCUUGGGCUUUCUUUCCUCUCCCUCACAUUCGAUGUGGCUUUGAUGACACAGCACUACGUUCUGUAUCGAGACGCACGGGACGAGGUCGUGGAGGGAACGGACGAAGAGGAUGGAAGGGAGGCAGGCCGGAGUGGGGAGAGACAGCCUUUGCUCCGAGGGUGA